GUUAUGAGCAAUGAAAUUUCUGAUAACUGCUGAAUCAAUUUCACGCCAACUAUAAAAAUUCAAGUCGUCCCUUAUCAACUAUUCGACCCAUCAGUGAUUUGGAUAUUCUAGAGCCGUUAUGAAAACGCCGUUCGCAUUGUUAGGAUUUUUUUUCUUGAUGAUUCUUCAUCAAUUUGAACCACUACAUUCGCAACCUCAAAUGGAAAUGAAUGAUUUUCAGGAUGCUGCUAUUGGGAAAAUGAAAACCUCAAUUGCCAAGCAUCGCUCGUUUUUGAAUGAGGAAGACGCUGACUACGCGGAAAUCAUCGAGGCAGUAAUGAAGUGUAUCAUGCACCCAGCUGAAAUUAUUUGUAAUACGAAUAAGAUGGAGCUGAACGAUUGUCUGCGUCCUCUAGAAAUAAUUUUCAGCAGGAUAUCGGGAACAAGAUUUGAAGGUUUCGUUGAAAUGCUCCUGAAAGCGCUCAGUUCGGUCAGAGAUUACAUUUGCAAUACGAGAUACGAGGAUUUAUUCGAAAUGAUGAACCCUUGUAUAAAUUACGAGCUGGCUUCAUUAACGUCAUGUUGGAAGAAUACGACAGAAUCCAUACGCAUACGGAGUCAUGAAGAAAUAAUCAACGCGAAAGAGGAGUAUUGCAAAGCUCUUGAACAUAAUGCUGAGUGUACCCUGAACAUGGCUUUAGCUGAUUGCCAAGAUCCAGACACGAUAAAAAUACUAUCUGAAAUGUACAAGAAAUUCUUUAUCGAUCCAUGUCACCCUUGAGGUUUUCGAUAUCGAAAGCUUCCUAAGUUGAAACUUAUGAUAUUCAAAUAAAAAAAAUAUGGUACCAAA